CGAUUCGCGGGCUGCUUCGAAGGCGAGGCAUUCAUUGCUGAAUGACUUGAAAUGAUCCCACGCGUUCGCUCGGGAACCGAUGAUUAUGCGCAAUACCCGCGUCACUCCUGGAACAAAGUCAUCAGGAACACUUCUUAAUCGCAUUGGUCUUUCUCUCCCUAUUGACUGCCAUGAGUGUCCUUAUAUAUGAAUAGAGACAAAUAUACGGGGUGAUCAUAUGUUUUAAGUUUUACGGAAUUUUUAAAAAUUGUUUGUGGCAAAUAGCGUUCAACUAAUUAGCGAAAAUUUACUAGUUAACUUCUUAAUUAAUUACUUUCCGGCGCAUAUUUCAAUUUAGGAAUUUUAGUUUUUUGAAGUUCCGUAAACUUAAAAAUAAGCAUCCCGUAUAAUAACAUUUCGGAUAGUGCAUUCUCGAAUCGAAUGCGCAUUAAGUAAGAAGGACCUGCCUGAUUCGUAUUCGAAUCGACGAUUUGCAAUUCAAGAGGAACACGCUACUGCUGUUGAAUAGGUAGCCAGUAGUUGCUGUAUUUUUUUUUUUCAAUAUUAUGUUCUUCACUUAUGCUUGUAUUUUUUAUAAGUACUGAUGUACCCCUCUAUAAUGCUUCUUGUAAGCCCUCAGGGUAUAAAUAAAUAAAUAAAUAAAUAAAUAAAUAAAUAAAUAAAUAAAUAAAUAAAUAAAUAAAUAAAUAAAUAAAUAAAUAAAUAAAUAGCAAGACUAUUCCAUUCACAUUCAAAAUUUAGAAAUGUUCGCGCGCCAACUAUACUCGAAAUUUCGAAGCAGAAAUCUCGCUUCGAGGCGCCAACACAUGUGGAUCGCGCGAAGUUCAUUAGUGACGUUUUACGCGGGCGCCUCACAUCCGGCCUAUAUUCUGCGUCACGAAAUCGAGCUUCCGGUCCAGGAGUAUUUCCGGCUCGCACACUCGGCAAUCAUAUCUCGCCGCCGUUACCAUGCGCAGUGUCCUUGUGUGCGUCUUGGGGGGCAUACCUGGCUACGAAAGACUCCGGCGGAGCAUUUCCAGAGGCGUUCUCCCGCGUCGUCCUGCAAGAACACGCGCAGAAGACAUAUCCCUUCGUCAAAGAGAUGUAGAUCGACUCCGUUUGACGAAAAAGGAUCCGUGUCUACGCAGCCGAGAUUUGUGACAUUACAACGUGGGUUAACCUGAAGGACGGCAGUGACUCGUUUUGCAAGUCCUUUGCAUCGAGUGUGUCUGUGACGAGUGGCGUUACCGGGACCGGACGAUUAGAGACAAAAAAAAAGUGAGUGCUGUGCUUUAAAACGUGAGAAAGAUGGUUACCUUCUGGUAAAAACGUUGAUGUUCUUAUAUUGACGAAUGAAACAACAUGCUAAUACCUUCGUAGUUCUUACAUUAAUGAUUGAAACAAUGUGUUAAUACCUUCGUAGCGUCCAAAAACUGUCAACGUCAUCAUUGCCAUCCAUAGAUUCUGUGUUGUCUGCGGAUUGCUGCUAUAUGAACUGUAAAGUGGACCAUCAUUCACUAUGCGAUAUGCCUAACGGCUUUUAAAUGGUACCACAAGGUCCAACUGCAAUUGCGUAGCCAGAAAACGCCAUUAGAGCAUACAACGACGACGUGCGAUAAAUUAAACAGAGAUUAAAUGCGUCGCCCUAAUUAUGGCGCUCAAGAAGUUUGCCCUUCUAAAAGCCUGCUUGGUCACUCUCGCACUGUGCUCCGUUUACGUCACUCAUCGAGCGGUCACCGACAGACCUCUGGUCGUGCUUCUCUGGACCACGUGGUGUGGAAAGGAGGAUUACCCUUAUUUCAAGGAGGACGUCGUCGAUCCAACGUGUCCGUACCCGUGCAUCUUCACCCGACAACGCGGCUACCUCCAUUCGAGCCACGCCUUGCUCUUCCACGGCAAGGACAUUCAACUCGAUGACAUGCCCCCGCGACGAUCCGCUGAGCAGAGCUGGAUCUUCUUCAGCCUCGAACCUCCGACCGCGACACCCGUGCACGUGCUUCGAAAGCUGGACGGGCUGUUCAACGUUACCAUGACGUACCGAACCGACUCUGACGUCACGACGCGCUACGGAUACACUUUUCGGGCCAGAAGGAAGAGGAAGCUCCGGCGCAGAAAGCACUCCUCCAAAGACUUCAAGAGGGGCCCCGAGCUUCAGGAGACCCCGAAGAGGCGGAAGGCCAUAGCCGUCUGGAUGGUCUCCCACUGCGACACCGACAGCAGGCGAGAGACGUACGUCGAGCGUCUCCGUGACGUCAUAGGAGUGGACGUCUUCGGCAAGUGCGGCGACCUGGUAUGCCAGCCCAAGGCGUCGGACGCGUGCCUCAGGGAAGCGGCGCGCAACUACAGCUUCUACCUGUCGUUCGAGAACUCCAUCUGCCGCGACUACGUCACGGAGAAGUUCUACCGGCCGCUGCUGUUCGACAUCGUGCCGGUGGUGAUGGGCGGGGCCAACUACUCGAGCCUGGCGCCACCCGGUUCGUACGUCGACGCCCUGGAGUUCGAGUCCCCCGAGAGACUCGGCGAGUACCUGGCCGAAGUGGCCCGCAGGCCCGAGUGGUACGACUCGUACUUCCUCUGGAAGGAGCACUCGGAGCUCAAGUAUGAGAGCGCCGCCUGCAAGCUCUGCGCGAAGCUGCACGAGGACGUGGCCUCCGGGCGAAAGUUCACGUACCGUCGGUUCCUCGAGUGGUUCCUCGAAGACGCGCAAUGCUCGAACUGGGAGCAGGUCCUCUCUUGACCGAGCGUGUACACGACGUCAGUGGUAUAUGGUUACGGUCUGGCAGCGUGUGUAUACGGCUGCGUUCCGACUGGCACGUCAUAUCCUCUCACGAUGGUGACCCAAGUGCCACGGUUAAAGCUCCAGUGGAACGACGCUGGUGGCUAGGCCUAUCGUCUCUUGACGGUAGACCAAGUAACAAGGCUGCGAGCCGAGUUGUACAAUUAACGUAUCCCGUUUAUGCAGUGAACCUUCAUCCACAACCAGCGUCGGAUACUCCGUAUUACUCGCAGGUAGCCAUGCCUCUUGUUCCACGGUCAAGAAGGAAUGUACUGUGCCAGUUCGAGCAUGUGACCUAAUACCCUGCCUUAUACUUUUCGGGACGUAGCCGUACCAGAUUUAUUUGUUCUUUGCUAAGCGCGUGUUGCACGUACACAUCAAGUGAUACGUCUAAUGAGACCUCAAUACGUGGUACGGAUUUAGUGCUCUGACAGAUCUUUUCUUCUUCGCACAUACAAUAUGUAUAUAGGUGGUACACACAGCUACCACUAGAGUGGUACGGCCUGCAGGGCACUGCAUAUCUUCUUUUGACUAUCCCAUUGACUGCGGUGCGCUUAUGUGGAAAAAAAAGCACUCGGAAUGUAACGAGAAUGCUCGCCCGCGAUUUGUGCGCGAAACCGAGCAAGGGUGUCACUCUGAUUGUAAGACAGGUACCACGAGUUGUUCUUUGAAGACACGUGCUGCUCGAAUUGUGCUCGACUGUCUGCGAAAGUGUAUCGCCGGUGAUGUGAGACGCGUUGCGUGCACCGUGAUGCGCGAGCAAAGUUUCCGCUUCGCAUACACAGCAAUGUGCUGACUACCUGAGAAACAGGGAAUGAAGGGCCUAUCUAACGGAUUACGUAAGUUCGUGAGGCCUACUUUGCGUCAAGGAAGGCUUCUUUAAUACAGACGAAAGCGGAGUGCAAGAAAACGCCUAGAGGUCUUUUUCUUUUUUUUCAGCGGAGCUGUUAUACGCUGGGUUCUGGCCGUUUGUGUGCGUAGGCAAAAAAGGUGGCGGCCAGCCCAGAGCUCACGACUGGCCGAUCCCAGUGAUAAAAACGGCGAUAAAAGCGUAUCGCCGGUUAUGCUCCAGCUGCGUUUAAUCGCGAGAAGUGUCACAACGUAUUGUGAUAAGAAAAAUCGUAAUAAAAAGAGCAAAACCGGAAUAGACACUAUUUAGUAUUGCGGUUUGACGUCACGCGCUCUAUAGCCUAACCAUGUGGCCUUAUCUCAGUUCCCUUCCACCCGUACAAUGGGUAGGCCGCGUGCGGUGAGACUAUCAUCGACGACGCGUCAUCAAUUCAAUUCAAUUCAUUUUUAUUGAUAAGUAAAUUAGUACAUAGACUAGUAUACAGGAAGGGGUCCCAAAGUAAAAACUGCAGGCGGGACCAUCGGAUCCCUCGAUCGUGUAUAGACCUCACAUUGGCCAAGAACCUUUACAGUGUCACCACAGAGCCACUGGCCCUAUAUCAUAGCGAUCAUGAAGCGAUAUAGUCACCUUGGUACCCAAAUGAUAAAUCCAAAAAAGCAUACAAAAGAAGGUUAAAAAUCUAAAAGGCAUUGAGUGCGCAAUUUAAUAAAACAACAAAAAAAAUCAUGGGAAAAAAACGAAAUUCAUUGUGGUAUGUGUCUUUUAUUUUCAAUCAACAUAUUUAUCAACAUACUUAUCAAGGUGGAUACAGCUCCGCUGGUCAUCCACCUUCACAGAGUGGAAUGGCUCUGAUCUUUUUUUUUUUUUUUCUUUAACGUAAAGAAAAGUUGUCCUAAGCUCCCGAAUCAAUGCUUGCGCCUUUUAUCGGCUGCGCAGACGCUAAAUAUUACAGAGUUGCGACUGUUUCGGAAAUAUUAAAUAUAACUGCUUUCAUUUUCAUGCUCACGGUUUCGUGCAAAAUCAACAGAACUGAAAUGUAGCACGAUAAUGGCAGCACUCUAUAUACUGAAGAACAUUACAGAGGUAUAAAAAUAGAUCAGCUUUAGAUUGGUAAAGAUCUCUUUCGAAACUCUAUUUUCGUCCAUUUUGCGGGGAAAGGUCGAUUAUAAAUCGAAA